CCCGCCGGUGCCGAGCUCUGGGUCUGGUUCCAGCCCACUGUCACCGACGUUGACAAAGCCUGGAAAGAGCUGAGUAACAUCCUCUCAGGAAUAUUCUGUGCUUCUCUCAACUUCAUCGAUGCAACCAACACAGUCACUCCAACAGCAUCCUUCAAACCCCUGGGUUUAGCCAAUGGGACAGACCACCAUCUCCUGCGAUACGCUGUCCUGCCCCGGGAGGUCGUCUGCACUGAGAACCUCACACCUUGGAAGAAGCUGCUCCCAUGUGGCUCAAAGGCUGGGCUUGCUGUGCUGCUGAAGGCAGAGCGCUUGUUCCACAGCAGCUACCACUCACAGGCAGUGCACAUCCGCCCCAUCUGCAGGGAUGCCUCCUGUCUGGCUGUGUCCUGGGAGCUCAGACAGACCCUCACUGUGGUUUUUGACACCUUUGCUAGCGGCCAAGGAAAGAAAGACUGGUCCCUCUUCAAGAUGUUCUCUCGCACACUUACUGAUGCGUGUCCUCUGGCAUCGCAGAGCAAAGUCUACGUUGACAUCUCCCCUAAGAACAAGGAAAAGGACUUACUGGAAGUAACCCCCCUUCCAACAUCUGUAUACGAAGCUAUUGUCCAGGGAGACAAGAGAACCUAUGCCGUCUAUGACCUACUGAGCCCCUCACUCUUUAACACCUCUCGCAGCCUCAAUGUGCAGUUCAAGUGGAAGCGUCCCGAAGACAGCUCGGAAAUGCCAAUACCUGUACUCCAUGCUCAGCGCUAUGUGAGCGGGUACGGGCUGCAGACCGGAGAGAUCAGCACCCUCAUCUACAACACCCACCCGUACCGGGCCUUCCCCGUGAUCCUGCUGGAGACUGUGCCCUGGUAUUUGCGGCUUUAUGUGCACACUCUGACCAUCAUCACUAAGGGGAAGGAAAACAAGCCAAGUUACAUCCACUACCAGCCAGCUCAGGACCGGAGACAGCCUCACCUUUUGGAAAUGCUCAUCCAGCUGCCAGCCAACUCCGUCACCAAGAUCUCAAUCCAGUUUGAGAGAGCCUUAUUGAAGUGGACAGAGUACCCACCAGAUCCCAAUCACGGCUUUUACGUCAGUUCAUCUGUGCUUAGUGCCCUAGUGCCAAGCAUCAUUGCUAUGAAGGACAUGGAUGUGGAGGAGAGUCCUCUCUUCACCUCACUGUUUCCUUCCUCUGAUGGCUCCAGCUAUUUUGUGCGCCUGUACACAGAGCCGCUGCUGGUGAACUUGCCGACACCAGACUUCAGCAUGCCCUACAAUGUCAUCUGCCUGACCUGCACCGUGGUGGCAGUGUGCUACGGCUCCUUCUACAACCUGCUGACCAGAACAUUUCAUGUGGAAGAGCCGAGCCGGGGCGGGCUGGCCAAGCGGCUGGCCAACAUCAUCCGCAAGUUCAGGGGGGUGCCCCCUCUUUGAGAGAAACCAGGGCAGCCAGGGCUGGCUGUGGGGCUCCAUGGAGAAAUCCAAGGAGCAGAGCGUUGCUGCCCCUUGUCUUUGAUCGAAGCAGCCUGCUCCAUUCUUCUGCCUGGAUCUCUCCUCAGGAUCCAAUAAGCUGAGAGAUUGGUUCCAUCGCUAAGAUGGGAAAUGGCUCUAAGCCCAUUGACUACUGAACUGCACUGCUUUGGGAUUGGGAAAGAUGUAGGACUUCUGUUUGGGAGAGGGGUAACUUACGUGCUGUGAAUGAUGCUGGAAGUAAACUUGACUGGUUUUGUA